AUUAACUAAAAAAUUUCACAUUAAUUAGUCUCACAUAUAUUCAUUUUUCAGAUACUUGAUAAUAAAAUAGCUUGAAAAAAGGAGAGGAGGAUCGAGUGCCGAAUUUAGUGACUAUCGUACCCGACGUGAUAUAUAAUGCCCAUGACAAAAAACAGGCACGAGUUAACCAGAAAGCAAAUCCGGUUCUGACUGUAUUACGAUCAAGGCGUGACACGCAUAAUACGCAAGCCGGAAAACAGUAUCAGUAUUGGAAAUGCUAUUCGCAUAUGAAUUCGAUUGCGAGAGUGAUAAAGUGAUCCGAUUUCCAUUCGCAAUUUGGGAGCGAGUUCUUUUUCAGUCAAGGCGCAAGCCAUUCGAUAUUUAAAAUAUACCCAGGAUUACGUGAAUUUAUUGGACAUUUUUUAUAAUUAGUUAUGACGAAAUGCCAACGUCUGACACAUCUAUCGCGUAAAAUCGAUGAAAUGCAAGGCUACGAUAGAUAUUGUAUCUCGCGAUACUUAUCAUCAAAGUAAGAGUUGAAAAGAUCAUCACCCUUGACUCAGUUAACGGGGGAUUAGCGACCUUGUUUGAAGGUAAACACGAAAGAAGGAGUCAGCGGAGCCCCUCUGGGCUAGUGAACGACCGAGGUGUCGGAUAUGAUUUUUAACUUGUACUGAGAACACCGGUCAGGCAACGCGCAUAUAUAUCCUGCGUAUAUAAGUUCUGUUGUCACGGAUCUUGCGUUCAGUUAGAUACGCGCGAGGUAAUCGCCACUACGCAUUGCAAACGUUUAUAGUAUCUGAAAGGAAAGCACAAGAGCGUCAAAUGCCGACUAACUGCAUUAAUAUUAUCUUUUUCGUCGUGGUGGCAACUUGUGCGGCUACGCCAAUUCUCUAUCUAACUUCCGAAGAGACAUUCGCCCAUCCAGCCGUCGCAAUUAAUGCUGCAAUGGAAGAUAAUUUGCCUAACCAAUUACGAAAUGAUUUCUAUAAAAACCCGAAUAUCGCUGCUAAUCUCGCUAAGGAAUCCUGGUUCAGCGACAAGGAAAUGCAAGUAAUCGACCGUGAUGCAGACAAAAUUUCGAGAGAAAAGAUCUAUAGCAUGCUGCAUAAUGCUGGACUCGUUCGCAGAUAACAAGACAAUAAGUGAAAACUGUGUUGUUGAAUAUAUCUCGGUUGCCAAAUAUUCACUCCUUUAGAGUAUCUCACAUUUUUCAUUACAUUCACUCGUAUGCUAUCAUUUUUCGUUACAUAAACUCAAAUUUUGAAUCAAUAUUUUAUAUUGUUUCCCUAUAUUCUGUGUAGUCACGCGCUUCUAGUUAUUUCUUCCUUUGAUCUGAUCAUAAAAGUUCAUAUCAAAGUAAUAAUCCAAUAAAAAAAACCUUAACUCAU